AUGAGUGAAAGGAGAAGAUCUGCAGUCGCCCUGAGCUCGCGAGCACAUGCCUUCUCCGUUGAAGCCUUGAUCGGCUCAAAUAAAAAACGGAAACUGCGAGACUGGGAGGAGAAGGGGCUGGACCUGUCCAUGGAGGCGCUGAGCCCCGCGGGCCCACUCGGAGACACGGAGGACGCGGCGGCACACGGCCUGGAGCCUCACCCGGAUUCUGAGCAGAGCACUGGUUCAGAUUCUGAGGUACUCACUGAGCGGACUUCCUGCUCCUUCAGCACUCACACUGACCUGGCCUCUGGCGCUGCAGGCCCUGUGCCUGCUGCCAUGUCUUCCAUGGAGGAGAUUCAGGUGGAGCUGCAAUGUGCUGACCUCUGGAAGCGGUUCCAUGAUAUUGGAACUGAAAUGAUCAUCACCAAAGCAGGCAGGAGGAUGUUUCCUGCCAUGAGAGUGAAAAUCACUGGCCUAGAUCCACAUCAGCAGUACUACAUAGCAAUGGACAUUGUGCCUGUGGACAAUAAGAGAUACAGAUAUGUGUAUCAUAGCUCCAAGUGGAUGGUGGCUGGCAAUGCUGAUUCCCCUGUGCCCCCAAGAGUUUAUAUACACCCCGAUUCUCUGGCUUCUGGAGACACCUGGAUGAGACAGGUGGUCAGUUUUGACAAACUCAAGCUCACCAACAAUGAAUUGGAUGAUCAAGGACAUAUCAUUCUGCACUCUAUGCACAAAUACCAGCCUCGAGUUCAUGUGAUUCGCAAAGACUUCAGCAGCGACCUUUCACCCACUAAGCCUGUUCCUGUUGGGGAUGGAGUGAAAACGUUCAACUUUCCUGAGACUGUGUUCACCACAGUUACGGCCUAUCAGAACCAGCAGAUUACCAGAUUAAAAAUUGACCGAAACCCUUUUGCUAAAGGAUUCAGAGAUUCUGGGAGAAACAGAACUGGACUUGAAGCCAUCAUGGAGACUUAUGCAUUCUGGAGACCUCCUGUGCGCACACUCACCUUCGAAGACUUCACCACCAUGCAGAAGCAGCAAGGAGGCAGCACAGGCACUUCCCCAACCACCUCCAGCACUGGGACACCAUCCCCUUCGGCUUCUUCUCAUCUUUUAUCUCCAUCCUGUUCUCCUCCAACUUUUCAUCUGGCCCCCAACACUUUCAAUGUGGGCUGCCGAGAGAGCCAGCUGUGUAAUCUAAACCUCUCUGAUUAUCCACCAUGUGCCCGAAGCAACAUGGCUGCCUUGCAGAGCUACCCAGGGCUGAGUGACAGUGGCUACAACAGGCUUCAGAGUGGCACCACUUCAGCCACUCAGCCCUCUGAAACCUUCAUGCCUCAGAGGACUCCAUCCCUGAUAUCCGGAAUACCAACUCCUCCUUCAUUGCCUGGCAACAGCAAGAUGGAAGCCUAUGGUGGCCAGCUGGGGUCCUUCCCCACUUCCCAGUUUCAGUAUGUCAUGCAGGCAGGCAAUGCUGCCUCCAGCUCCUCAUCACCACAUAUGUUCGGGGGCAGCCACAUGCAGCAGAGCUCCUACAAUGCCUUCUCCCUUCACAACCCUUACAACCUGUAUGGAUACAAUUUCCCCACUUCCCCUAGACUAGCUGCAAGCCCAGAAAAACUGAGCGCCUCUCAAAGCACUUUACUCUGUUCUUCUCCUUCCAACGGGGCCUUUGGAGAGAGGCAGUACCUGCCGUCAGGGAUGGAGCACAGCAUGCACAUGAUUAGCCCUUCACCCAAUAACCAACAGGCAACCAACACUUGUGAUGGCCGGCAAUAUGGGGCAGUUCCAGGCUCCUCCUCCCAGAUGUCCGUGCACAUGGUUUAAAGGCCAGUCCAAACACCACGGAGCAUUUGGCAAUCAAGGCCCCAGAGUUUCCGUGGUCAGAUCCUCCUCUUUGGGAGUCCAGUGCCUUCAGAAAACAGGAACUGUGUUUUUUUUUUUUUUUUUCUGGAGGAUGACAUAUCCCCAAGAACUAGAGACACCUUUAAGCCAGUGAGGGAUACUUGUGGUAGAAUCAUCCACAACUCAGUGGCCAUUCUCCUGCCUUCCCAGACCUUAGUUUUAUAAAGCAUUGUCUGUUCCAGAGUGUCCUUUGAAGAGACUGAAUAAUCACUUCGUCAUGAUGUUAAGGGAGAUGCUAGUGUGUGGCAGCCAUGAAAAGUUACACAUACACACCCACAUACAGACAGACCUACCAAUACAUACAUGCGCACACACAUAUAUAUUCAUACACAGUUCAUACACAUGCAAUCAUACAUGCACACGGACUCUGAACUGGGUGAACUCUGUGGAGGGAGGCCCAGAAUGGGUGCUUUCACCAAGAAUUUGUCUAUGUACAACUCUAGAUGGAGUGGGCCAGCAGUAGCUGCCAGUCUCUCUCCCCUGCAGCUUCCUCUGCUUCUGGAAUGAACCAUGUAUUCUGGAGACCCUCCCCAUGGAUGAGAGUGGAAAGACGUCAGUACAACUGGACUUGGCUUCCGGAAAAAGAUUGCUUUUGAACUUUGGCUCUCUUCACUUGUGUGCUAUCAUUGAUAUUCCCAGUGGUGCCUGUGGAAAGAGGGAGAAAGAACAGCUGAACAGGAGAAAGACAAACAGGAAGAACAGAGAACAGGAGAGAGGUGGAGAGCAAGAGUGACAAAGAAAGUGUGAGCAAUGAUGAGAGUUUUAAUUCACCAAGGAGAUGUGUUUUUGGUUUGUCCCCCCAAAUGCCGCCUGCCCCACUACAGGCUAUAGAAAGAAUCAUGGCAUUACUGAGGAGUAAACAUCUCUGGCACAUUGAGCAUGGUCAGGGCAUUGGUCAGAGGGACAGAGCAAGGAAUGCAUCCUGAGCCUACAGCUCUGACCACUGUGAUUCAGAAGAGAGGUGCACUACGUGGGAAGUGCUGAUUCCACAGCAUGCAGCCUGGUAGGGGAAGGGAAAUAGAAGGGAGUGAAGAAGGAAUAGUUUUACAAUCUCGGAAGAUGAUACCAAGAGCAGAGGCAACAAAUAGAGGCCUGACCUCCAAGUGCCGGAUCCAGACACCUAACCUAGAAUGCCUGCCCGCUACCCCUGUGGCAGGAAAAAUCCCCUCAUGUCCCAGGCAAUUGCAGAUGGGUCUUCUAUACCUUCUACCUGCCCUUAGAUCUCCAUUUUUAUCAAAUAGUUCAUUGCAUUUUGAAGUUUUGGGUUUUUUCCUUCAUCUUUCCCUUUCCCUUCAAAUCUUUUAAUGGUAAGAAAGCAAGUGAAGCUUGGUGCAAGCUAAAAUUUUUAAAUGGUGUGGAAAUGCAAAUAAUACCAAGUAAAAUAAUACAGAUAUUAUUAAGAUUUCUGGUUUUGAGGUGUUGUAGAUAAAUGUAUUUAUGUGCCUAGUGGGGAAUCCAAUAUUAUGAAUAUGAAAAAGGGGGCAAUAAAAGGGUAUGUAAAAUAUGUAUGAAGAAAAGGUGUAUAAAAAUUUGCCCUUAUGCACGGAACUCUGUUUCUAAGUGCCAAGCACAGAAAGCCGCUAAAUAAAAUCUUUGCAAUUGUUUUC